GUCAGAUUCCACUCAAAUAUCUGCAUACUGCAAGCUUCAAUUGCACUAUUCUCCUCUCGACAUUUAUCUUAUUUCAUACUGCCUCCCAACCUCCCUUACAAUCUUCCAAGCCUGAUCCACCAUGCCACAGAUUAUGAACAGAGACGUCGGCCCUGUGGGUUUUGGACUAAUGAGCUUAACGAAUUACUUCAAACCAAUCCCCCGUGAACAAGCCUUCGCUGCUAUGCGCGCCGCCAUCGAAUCCGGCUGCACUCUCUGGGACGGGGGCGAGCACUAUGGAACCCCGGAUGACAACUCUCUAACUUUGCUCAACGAGUACUACAAGAAGUAUCCUGAGGACGCUGAGAAAGUUGUUCUCAACAUCAAAGGGGCUAUGGAGGGUUAUCCAUCUUUCAAACCCUUAGGCUCAAGGGCUAAAAUCCGUGAAUCGGUGGAAGGUUGCCUAGCCCGCCUGGGUUCCAAGGGCAAAAUAGACAUGUUCGAACCUGCUCGUCGGGACAAGACGGUGCCAUACGAAGAAACCCUGAAUGCGCUUAAAGAGCUCCAAGAUGAGGGCAAGAUAGGGGGCAUUGCACUUAGCGAAGUGAAUGCAAACACUAUUCGUGAAGCCUCAAAGCACGUCAAAAUCGUAGCCGUGGAAAUCGAGGUCUCACUCUUCCAUACUGAAGCCUUGACCAACGGCAUCACAGCCACGUGCAAGGAACUUGAUAUCCCCAUUAUUGCAUACUCUCCCAUCGCUCGCGGUCUUCUCACAAACACCAUUACGGCUACACCAGAUGACUUCCGUCAAAUGCUGCCGCAAUUCCAAGCCGAGAACAUCUCGCAUAAUCAACUUCGCGUGAAAGCCAUAUCCGCAAUCGCUGAGCGCAAGAAUUGCACCCCGGCGCAGCUCUCGUUAGCUUGGGUUCUGGCGCUUAAUAAGAGAGAGGAUAUGCCGACGAUUGUGCCGAUUCCGGGGACAGGAAAUCCGGAGAGGGUGAAGGAGAAUGCGAAGGCAGCGGAUGUGGAGCUGAGUCAAGAAGAUAUCGAAGAGAUUGAUGAAAUUGUUAAGAAGUAUGAUAUUAAGGGUGACAGGUAUCCCUCUAAACUCAUGGAAAUGACGGAUGCAUGAAGCAGGCUAGAGAAAAGUGGGAACAUGCCAGUAUAGACUUUGCGUCUACGGUCAAUUUAUUGUAUCAAUAUCAAACCGCAAACCGUCUUCCACUCUAUCAAUUUCUCGCAGUAGCCUCCCCCUCGACAGACCUAUCUUCUACACCGCCUUCUGGUAAUCCGUAUGCUUUUGCAACCUUUCUUUGUCAAAUCUCCCUCGCAUGCAGAGUUCGUAUACUCAAUGCCGUUACUAUAAGAGCAAAGCUAAGACAACUUACGGUAAUAUAUCCCUUCUGAUAUUCCGGAGCAUCGACCUGCUG